AUGACUUGUCCCAGUCAUUUCCCUGGUCCACGAGGGGUUUAUCCUGUGAAAUUCACCCAUAUCAACAACAUCAUCCACCUGCCCUCCGGCCAGCGAUAUUCCAUUGACGUUGGUUUCGGUGGCGAUGGUCCUACUAGCCCGCUUCCCCUCAAUGAGCUAGGAGACGCAGUGCGGAAUCUUGGCCGGCAAGAAGUGCGGCUUAUCCAUGAUAAUAUCCCGAAACAAAAGCUCAAGGAGCCCAAGCUCUGGAUUUACCAGUAUCGGAACGCACCAGAAAACGAAUGGAACUCGUUCUAUAGCUUUGCGGAGUUAGAGUUUUUCCAGCAUGAUUUUGAGGUGCUAAAUUGGUGGACCAGCGCGAAAACGCUGCACAGAUGGACUGUCUUGGUUGUGCGAUUUCUGCGCGAGGGAGAAAAUGUUCAGUUCUCUAGCAAUCCGACUCUGCCAUUGGCCAACGACGUCGCGAUUGUGGGAAAAGUCAUGCUGGUCGACAAUGUGAUUAAAGUCAAUCUUGGCGGCAGGACGAACAUUGUGCAUUCGUUUGAUUCUGAAGAGGGCAGACUGGAGGCGCUCAAGAAAUAUUUCGGAAUCUCGUUGGCGCAUGAAGAGAAGAGAAGCAUUCAAGGAUGGGACAAAGCGCUAAGUUAG